GACAAGGUCGAAGGUUGUUUGUUUAUCGCUUGAUAACUUUACUUCAGAUUGUGAUGCUCGAUUAUUAGUGAUAAAUUCACAUGAGAAUUUUCCUCUUCUCCUGAUUAUUAUUAAUUUUUUGUUGUUAUAACAAUUUUACUUUCAUCAUGAAAAAAGUAACAAUCAUCGGUUCCGGCAAUUGGGGCACCGCAAUUGCAAGAAUCGUUGCAGAGAAUGUGAAAAACUUUGCUGAGUUUGACAACACAGUAAAUAUGUACGUUUUUGAAGAAAUGGUAGAUGGUAGAAAACUUAGUGAAAUCAUCAACACAGAACAUGAAAAUAUUAAAUACUUACCUGGGUACAAGAUUCCUGAUAAUGUUGUUGCUAUUCCUGAUCCUUUAGAAGCAGCAAAAGAUGCUGAUAUUUUAGUCUGGGUUUUGCCCCACAAAUUUGUCAGAGGAGCAGCGACACCUUUAGUUGGCAAAAUUAAACCAACGGCUGUAGCUCUGUCAUUAAUAAAGGGAUUUGACAUCAUUCCUGGUGGUGGGAUUGCCUUAAUUUCGGAUGUUUUGCAUGAAAUGCUGAAAAUUGAUGUGAGUGUCAUGAUGGGUGCUAAUUUAGCUGGAGAAGUUGCAUCUGGACAGUUCUGUGAAUCAACCAUUGGCUCUAAAGACCCAAACACCGGAGAAAUGUUAAAAAGAAUAAUGCAGACUGAUUAUUUUAGAAUAGCUGUUGUUGAUGAUAUUAAAACCAUUGAAGUUUGUGGGGCUCUUAAGAACAUAGUUGCUGUAGCUGCUGGCAUUGUGGAUGGUUUGGAACUUGGUGACAACAGCAAAGCAGCCGUGAUGAGAAUCGGUUUGAUGGAAAUGAUUUCUUAUGCAAAAACAUUUUAUCCUGAAUCAAAACUCACAACAUUCUUUGAGAGCUGUGGUGUGGCUGACCUCAUCACUACCUGUUACGGUGGCAGAAACAGAAAAAUCUCAGAAGCUUUUGUUAGAACAGGAAAGUCAAUGGAGCAAUUGGAGAAAGAAAUGUUAAAUGGCCAACGUAUGCAAGGUCCUCAAACUGCUGAAGAAGUACACCUAAUGCUGGGCAAUAAAGGAUACCUAGAGAAGUUUCCACUUUUAGUUGCAGUUCACAGAAUAUGCAUUGGAGAGCUAAAACCCAUCCAAUUGAUUGACUGUAUUCGUACGAUUCGUUCCCACUUUUAGUUGCUGUUCAUAGAAUAUGCAUUGGAGAAGUAAAACCCAACCAAUUAAUUGACUACAUCCGUACAUAGAAUGUACAGACGCACGAUUUUACAGUCAUUAAAUAUUGAAAUCUUGUCAGAAAGAUAAUUAUUUUGAACUUGUGUUUGUCCUACUAUUUAAUCCAGUCUAUGAGCUUUUUAUUAAAGCCACGUGCAAUUUUUAUGUUUGAAACUGAGUGCCACAUGUCAAAUCCUUUAUUAGUUACCAAUGUUUUUCACUUUUUUUUUACUACUUGACCUGAAUUCCAGCGUAUGUGUGUGUUUCAAAAUAAUAAUAGUAAAUAAUAAUUUUUAAUAGUUAACUACAUAUUUUAAUAGCUAUUAGAAUUGUUGAUGGUAUUUAUUGUUUAGCUUUGAAAUGAAAGUAACUUUUUCUAAUUAGAAGGCCUGCUAUGAAUAAUUUAAACAAAUUUUAUCGAAUGUGUUUGUUAAUUAAUAUAGUUUAUAAACAUUUAACUAUACCUUUGCCAACUCUACUGUUAAUAACUGUCAACUCUGUCGGAUUUUGCCAGUUUCUCCUGGUUUAACCCUAAAAAGUUUAUAACCAUUAAUUCUACUAUUGCCAACUCUACUGUUAAUAGCUGUUAACUCCAGUGAAUUUUGCCCGUUUCCCCUGGUUUAAAUCUAAAUGUUUUGGUUGAUUAAUAUAUAUUUUAUAGACGUUUAUUAACUCUUAACAUUUCGAAUUCUAUUAUUAAUAGCUGCUAACUUUACUGGAUUUUGACAGUCUCUCUUGGCUUAAUCUCAAAUUCUUUUUUUUUCUCUGUAGUUUUGAAAAUUUUCAGACCUGUUGAAAUUCUCUAGAAAAAAUAUUCUUGUUAAAAUAAAUUUCUACUCGGUUUAUUGUUUUCUUGUUUAUUACUGAUAAUUAUAGAUAUUAAUAUUAACCAUAAAAAUCAUUAAAAUUGUCUGUGUUUAAAAUAUUGUAGGUUUUAGGUAGGCAAUAAUUGAUGAACGAUAUAAAUAUUUAUAUUUUAUUAAAGUUAACUGGAUUUUUCCUUUUCAUGUUGGCAGCUUUAACUUUAUUCAUAAAAAUUAUUAUAAUAUCAAUUAUAAUAAUAUUAAUUAUAAUAAUCAAAAAUGUAAUUAUAAUAAUAUAAUAUAAAUAUUAUUAUCUUUUUUCAAACAAGAACACUUAUCUGGUCUGGAUGUAGGGUUGAAGUCAUCUCUUAAUCAAAACGGGUCUAUUAGAGUAUUUUUUUUUUUUAAAACAUAUCACUGUCUUUUUUUCUUUUUUUUUAAAUUAUGUAUUUUUGUUUCGACUAAUUUAGAUAUAUUGUUCAAAUUUGCAUGAGAGUUCUAAACAUUUGCUAGCAUACUUUAUCUUGUCCACUACCUUCUCAAUUUUUGUACAAAGUGUAAAUUGCAGUUACGUUUUUCUAAAAUUAUUCUUGUUGCCGAUUUUUAUGACUUUUCUGUUUCAAAUUACCUUUGUAAUAACUGACUAAAGAUAACACAUUUCUGCUGAAUGCAUUGCUUCCCCACCUUUGAACCCAUUACUUGUUGCUGAUUGUAGUUUUCUAAUUUAUGUAUACAAUUUUCAACUUUUUUAAGAAUUACUAUAAAUGACAUGCAUAAUAACUGUUGUAAAGACAACAUGUGACAUUUUCUGCUAAUCAUCAACAAAAUGUUUUCUUUUUCGAUUGUUGAGUCCAUUACUUGUUGAUAACUUAGCGGUAAAUUUUUAAUUUCUAAUUGUUGUGCUUUAUUUAUUCAUUGUAGGGAAAUGCAUAUUUUUAUUGUCCAAAAUGAAUACUUGUAAGUAACUGACUGCCAAUAUUUUACUAUAAGUUUAUUUUUUUAUGUUGAUUUUUCUGAAUGUUAUGAACAGAGAUUUAUUUUUGGCCAUGAAUCAUUUGAUAUAAUUUUGUGGAAUGUUUUAUAUUUAAUAAUUUUACAUGGGCAGUUAUUUUUAUUUUAUAUUUAUUUUGCACUUCAUAAAUCAUCUUCUUAAAUUUUAAUCAAUCAGGUAUAACUUAUCUCUAAAACCGCAUGCAUGACAAAAAUAACAUUCAAAUUAAGUUAGUGUUCUUAAUUCAUUCCGUUUUUUCAAAAUAAAAUUAUUUUGGUUUGUUUUAAUAUUUGUGUUUUGCUAAUGACUAAAAUUUAGGAAACAUUUCUAAAUAAGUUACUGACAUUAGCAAGAGGAUAACUUUUAACAUGACAAGAGGAUAAUUUUUGUUUUUAAAAUCUUAAAAAGUAAUAUUUAAAAUUAAAAUUCAUUUCCAUUUUUUUAAAUAAUUAUAUUUUUUGCAAUUGUUUGUUUUAUUUAUUUUUUUGUUUAAAAAAAAUUUAUUCCCAAUUCUUGAAGAAGACAUAAAAAAGUAAUUUACUGAUAUUGGUACAUAAGUAAUUGUGAUUUAAUUGUAUGUACUGUGUCUACUAUUUAAGCAAAAUACUAUAUAUGUUGGACAGGUUUUUAUUAUCACACAUUAUCUAUAAAUAAAUAUUGUUUUCUUUAGGUUGAUUUGAUUUAUUUAAACGGAAUUGAUAAUGGUAUAUAAUUUGUGUUUUAUGAUAUAGAAGCAUCUUCCCGUUUCAUUUUAAAUAACUAAUAGUUUUCAAUAGAAGAAAUUUGAUAAUAGUUAUUUUAGCUAUUCAAUUUUUAGAGUUUUUAUUAUGUAUUUUUAAGUUAUCUAUUUGAAAUUAUCUUAAGAAUAAUAAACUUUUUAGCAAAUACCUAUAUUCUUUUAGGUGUUAAAAAAAUUCAUUCCUCAUACAUAGGCGGUGAGAUCUGUAAUGCUGAUUAUUAUUUAUUGAUUUUAAAUUUGUCUGUAAUUUUCCCAUUGCAAAUCCAUCCAUCCAUUUUUGAACAGCGAAUUUGUUGGCUAGUAUGUAGUUUGUUUACCAAUAAAAAUGCUCAUGCCCUU